AGAGGGUGGGGAGGUAAGAUCAAUGUUGAAGGGUUAUAAAUACACAUGGUCAUUGCAAAGCUUAAGUAAUCAUCUGGACACACUGACAUGAGUUCUGUGGGAAAUAACAUGACCAAAAUGAUUCUGCAUCACUUUAACCUGGCAAAAUUUGGAUUUUGCACAUUAAUCUUGCUAGUGCUGAUGCACCAGGUAUCUACAGUGCCAGUAGUGACUCCUGAGGUGCGAUCAGACCUUCAGUCAUCACAUAUACUUCACCGCAAGAUAAGAAUGUCCCCUCUGUGGCGAAUCAUGGGGUUCAAACCAUAUGGAGCCUACUGCCAUGACAACAUAGAGUGUACUACAGGUUUAUGCAGGAACGGUCAUUGUUCGUUUAAUGAGCCUGUUCAUUCUUAGUGGAGUGGAAGCCUGAAAACUAGUCAUUUAUGAGUCAACCCAAUAUAUAUAUAUAUAUAUUAUGGCCUUAGGCUAUGUUUCAAGCACUUUAAUUUCUGAACUGUAUAUAGCAUCGUACAUGUACUGUGCAGAGCAUGUGGAGAAGUCUGACUUGAAAAGUUACAUUGGUUUCACUUUAUAUGACUUAUGUUCAAGCCAUUUGAAAACAUGAAUUAUUGGUUAUUAAGAUAAUGAUGUUAAACAAGAAUUUUGGGGUUUGUGUUUGACUUGAAAAAUACACAAUUAACAAAACUGUAGUGCAUUGUAAAUAUACUUAAAGGAUUGUAUUAAUCUGUACGAGCAUGAUUUUUAAUUUAUGUAAUGCAUUAUCAAGAAUCACAAUGCCGUAAAAGUGCAUUUGUUACUGUUUAGAAUGUAGACUUGCUGAAAGUAUUGAGGCUAAAAUCUCUAUUUUGAGUUUGAAAUAAUUAUAUUCAUGUGAUAUUUGAUAAAAAGUACUGUAUUAGAUAAGCUAUGAAGGCCUCAGUAGUGUUGAUUAAAAUCUAUACUAGGCACAGGGCCAGUGAGAGAACGUGCACAGCAGCACAUAUCUUUCUCAGGAUGUUCUAUGUUCAGAGAAACCCAGUUCUAAUGGCAAAUGGCCCUGAAGUCCCUCAGUAUCCACAUAGUGAGAGGAGUAUUUGCACAAGAAUGUACUGUAACAGACUGAUGUCAUUGUACUGUGAACGACCUCCACAUGUACCCAGAUUGCAUGUUCUUUUUCUGAUACAAGAGCAAAGUUUAAGUUAGUCAAAUAAAACACUAAAAAUACCAGUA